UUGCUUUGGUGGGUGAGAUGUGAGAUGAACUUUACUAUAAAUACGUAAGUGGAGGGCGCAAAUAGUCAUCAGUUAGUCAGCAACUUCCUCUGAGACAGUUUACCAGUAAGAAAAAACAAAAAGCGUAAAAUGAUCAAGAUCGUUUCUCUUCUCGCGGUUGUUGGCUUUGCCAGCGCUGGAGCUCCUCUCGGAUUCGGAGGAUAUGCCGCACCUUACGCAACUGCUGCCUACGCUGCCCCAGCAGUGAGGUACGCAUCUGCCCCAGCGAUCGGAUAUGCCCACGCUGCCCCAGCCCUCGGAUACGCCCACGCUGCCCCAGCUCUCGGAUACGCCCACGCUGCCCCAGCUCUCGGAUAUGCCCACGCUGCCCCAGCGCUCGGAUAUGCCCACGCCGCUCCAGUCGCCACUUACGCCCACGCUGCCCCAGUUGCCCACUACGCCCCAGCCCCAGUGGCCGUCGCCAAGGCUGUUGCCGUCCGAGCUGAGCCAUACGACCCCCACCCACAAUACAACUACGGAUACUCCGUUUCCGACGCUUUGACCGGAGACCACAAGUCUGCCCAAGAAUCCCGAGACGGUGACCUCGUCCGAGGAUCCUACUCCCUCGUCGAGCCCGAUGGUGCCAUCCGAACCGUCACCUACACUGCUGAUGGAGUCAACGGAUUCAACGCCGUCGUCGACCGAUCUGCCCCAACUGUGACCAAGGCCGUCGUUGCUGCUGCCCCAGUCCGAGUUGCCCAACCAGUUUACGCUGCUGCCCCAGCUGUCCGAUACGCCCACGCUGCUCCAGCUGUCUACUCUGCUGGAUACGCCGCCCCAGCUUAUGCUCACGCUACCUAUGCUCAACCCGCCGUCGCUGUCCGAGCUGCCCCACAAAUCUACGCUGCCCACCACGCCGCCCCAGCUGUUUACUCUGCCGGUUAUGCCGCUCCAGCCUACGCUACCAAUGCCUACGCUCAACCAAUUGCCCACCACGGAAUCGCAGCUGGUUAUGCUGGACAAAUCUACCACCACUAAUUAAUUAACUAUUAAAGUUAAUUAAUUUUUUUAGUUGAUCUGAAAUUUUCAUUUCUUUCCAUAAAUUAUUUAUUUUUCUUUCCUGUUCUUUCUUCUGAUUCCUUCCAAUCUUACUGUACUGCUGUCUGUCUCUUGUUUGACCUCUUGACCUUUACGCGUUCUUCUUGUUGGUUGUUGAUAACAAAGUAUUUAAUGAUGAGUGUGUUGUAUGAUGUUGUUUACGUGCCGUUUUUCGAGCUUUACUUGACUGUACAAAAAAAUAUUUGCAAAUCUGUGAUCAAUCCCUUCCAUAAAUAUGUUUUACUUGAUGAAACACUGAAAUAAAAUAUAUACAAAAAUAUA